UGUAAACAAACACAAACACGUAUAUACAUAGCAAAAGCAAAUACAAUUAGUAAUUUUUUUCGUGAUGUAGUAACUUACUUACUUUAAUUUUCUUAGUUAAUGAAAUCUCAUUGCUGUAAUUUUAGGAUAUUGCGAUUUCCAGUGAUGAAAGUCAUGAGUUUCUAAUGGUUCUUAACUCACAUAACGUUAUGUUUGACAAUGUUCUGUGUUUAUUUGUAUCGUAAAUGUCUAUUUUUAACAUUGUUUGUAAUUUACUUAUUUUUUCCGUACUCUGGGGAGGCUGUUAAUCGACUUUCAAAUCAAUGUUCGUUAGAAGAAUGUGCUGAUAAUGCUCCAUUGCCGCAUUCCCCACUAGUUAAUUGCAGUUUGCUAGAUCUGGAAUUUCUGAUCUGUUCAGAUCCUAUAGAUUUGAAAGGAAAUGAAAGUGAAAGAGAAGAGCUUGGUUAUGGUUGUACAAGAUAUGGAGGACAAAAGUAUGAAGAUGUUCAAUUUACAGCAGUAAAUUGCACUGUGUUACCAGGUAUUGAGUGCUUUGGACCAAGAACAUUUUUAAAAAAUGGAUUCCCUUGCAUCAAAUAUUCUGGACACUACUUUCUUACAACUUUGCUAUAUUCUGUUCUGCUGGGCUUCUUAGGAAUGGACAGAUUUUGUUUGGGACAUGCCGGUACAGCUGUAGGAAAAAUGCUAACCUUAGGAGGAUUUGGAAUAUGGUGGAUUGUUGAUAUUGUUUUGCUAGUUACUGGUAAUUUGACACCUGAAGAUGGAAGCAACUGGGUGCCAUAUGCAUAAAAAUAAACAGAAAACAAGAAGGAACUCAAACUAGGACUGGCCAAUGUUUUUGGAAAGAAAAAAUAAAAGAUUUUAGAAUUUUUUACAAAAUAUAAUGUUCU